AUGAGAUUCAUCUAUGGCCUCCGCUCUGAACUCAAAGCUAUUAUUCUUGUUUCCCGGCCCAAAACCUUGGACGCUGCUAUUGCUAUGGCCUUGGUGCAGGAAGAGGUGGGCGGUACGCCAUCUGCGCGUACUGCAUUCCGCGGUGAUUGGUCGUCCUCAAGCAAAUUUAUUCCCAAGACGACGUUGCCGCUACCCCUGCCGCCGCGCCACGACAAGCCGCAGGCCGCGCCAACCGCUACUGAGUCGUCGGCUGCUACUUCUGUCGACCCCAAGCUCGCUGCAGUUAAGGCCUAUCGUCAUGCACUAGGCCUCUGCUACAAAUGCGCUGACAAGUGGAGCAAAGAUCACAAGUGCGGCCCCCAAGUUCAGCUGCACAUUGUCCAGGAACUGUGGGAUUUGCUCCAGGAAGAAGAACCUGACGUCCAACAGGCCACUCCCACUGACACCGAGCAACAAGCGUUCCUGGCCAUUUCACCGAGUGCACUGUCAGGUAUUCCAGCUCUGGGCACAGUUCGCUUUACUGGAUCGAUUCAGGGUAUUCCUGUGCACAUGUUACUGGACUCAGGCAGUUCCACAUCUUUUCUCAGUGAAGCAGUGGCAGCUCAACUUCAUGAUAUGCAAGCACAGCCUAAUACUGGCAGUGUCCGUAUUGCUGGUGGUGGUCGCUUGUGUAGUGCUGCAACUUUACUCAAUGUUCCGUGGAGUAUUGGUACAUAUCAGUUUACCUCCAAUAUUCGAGUGUUACCUCUGUCUGCAUUUGACAUGAUUAUCGGCAUGGACUGGCUGGAGUCCUUUAGCCCAAUGCAAGUACACUGGAAGCAUAAGUGGCUCACUAUUCCAUAUGCUGCCAAACUGGUGACCCUGCAGGGAGAAUUGGUUGAUCCUCCAGUUGAUCUCUUUUUGCAAGUCUGUGCUAUGGACACGGAGCAACCUGAGUCCUCCUCUGAUCAGCUUCCGGCGGCAGUUCAAUGCUUGUUGGACCAAUUCAGUGAUUUAUUUCAGUCUCCAGAUUCACUUCCGCCAUCGAGACCUUGCAACCACUUAAUACCACUUGUUCCCGGCGCUCAACCAUUCUAUAUUCGGCCUUAUCAGUACCCACCGAACAUUCUGACUCAACUGGCUGUCAACCCUGAUGCCUUGCCUCAUUAUUCUCUGCUUAAUGGAGUCAUCAGAUCUCCAUUUGAAGUCUUAUAUGGGUUCACUCCUCGGCAUUUUGGUUUGAUGGCACCAAACGUUACUCCUGUUGCUGAUCUCAACAACUGGCUGGAUGACCGUGCGCUGAUACUGUCACUGAUUCAGCAACACUUAAGCCGCGCCCAGGCUAGGAUGAAACGGCAGGCUGACAAGCACCGUUCGGAGCGAUCAUUUGCAGUUGGUGAUUGGGUUUUCUUGAAGCUCCAACCAUAUGUGCAGUCUUCUCUUGCCCGGCGUGCUAACCAGAAAUUGUCAUUCCGUUUCUUUGGUCCUUACAAGAUCAUAGCUCGUAUUGGACAUGCUGCAUACAAGCUGGACUUACCUGAGUCAUCAUCUAUUCACCCAGUUUUCCAUGUAUCUCAGCUGAAUAAUAACCCUGUCACCGCUAUUCUGCCAACCGCUCUUUCAGAGUUUCAGGUGCCUCGGAAGAUCCUGGAUCGUCGCUGGACUACCGGGGAUUCCCCGGCCGAGGAAGUGCUGAUACAAUGGUCGCACAUGCCGCCAUCUCUGGCUACCUGGGAGUUGCUGGUGCCGCUCAAGCAGCGUUCCCAAAGAGCACCGGCCUGGGGACAUGCCGGUUCUAAACAGGGGGGGUCGUCAGCACCUCUCCUGAUGAUACUCAGCACCCAGGCUCUGAUAGGUCACCAGAAGAACGGGCCAGGCCCCAGCAAGCAAGGAAGCCCAACAGCAAGACAACAGGCCCUGAGUGGACGCUUCAUGAAGGCGCUCGGCCUGCAGAGGCACGGCGGCUGGCCGAAAGACGUCGUGGAGCAGGACCCCCGGAAGCCGUUCGCAUACUACGCCAUCCGCGAGGCGCUGCGGCGCUUCCUGUCCGAGAACGCCGACGCCAGGUUCGUCGUGGCGGGGCACAGCCUCGGCGGCGCGCUGGCCGUGCUGUUCCCGGCCGUGCUGGCGCUGCACCGGGAGGACGCCGUGCUGGCGCGGCUGCAAGGCGUGUACACGUUCGGCCAGCCUCGCGUCGGGGAGGUUCAUCAUGGACGCGUGCCUCGGCAAGCCCAGCAGGUGAUGCAAGAGGAGUACUUCUCGGUGCUGACGGUGGCGCCCAAGGUCGUGAACGCGGCAUGGGAGCUCCUCCGGAGCUUCCUCAUCGGCUACGUUGCCGGGCCGGAGUACGCAGAGGGGUGGCUGAUGCGGCUCGCCAGGGUCGCCGACUCGUGCUGCCGGGGCUACCCCCGCACUCGCCGCGAGAUUACGUAA